GUAAUCCAUGAUCCAUUAUAUAAUUUUGGAAAUGUAUUUAAUAUUCUUCCCUGGGAAUAACAUCCAUUCAUACUGUUGUAAAUAAAUGCCUCAUCCUGUUUUCUCCACAGCUAUCUGGGUCUAUAUAUAAUUCUACAUUGUACUUAAUCUACAUAUAAAAUUCAAUUGCAGUUAAAAGAAGAAACGAGCAUUAUAUGUAUGUACAUAUGCACUAAUAAUAGAACAAUUUUUUUCUAAAAUCGCGUGAUUGUCCACAAUAAUAAAUUAGUUUUGUUCCCACAAAGUGCAUGCUUCAUCAAUGUCAAUCUGCUGUGUCAGUGUCACGCUAAAGCAUAGAUCUGUACACACAAAAGGGGACACAUACUGACAACCAAAAAAUGUAAUGAAUAUGUAUGCAAUGGUAAUAUUACAUGCAGUAUUUUUAGUAGACGAUAGAGUUUUAAAAUGACAUCCAUAAAUACAAAUUACUUAAAAUGAAAUUACCCAAAACAAAAGUUUGUUCAUCAAACGUUUACCUAAUUUUACUUAUUCUUUGUGCACACAUUUUCAUCCACUUUGGACAAUGUUCCUCCACUGGGGAAGAUUUUGAUGAUACUUUGGACGCUGUAGAAGUUGAAGAUGAGAACACGAAUUUGGGACAACCUUUAUUUCUGGAUAAAAUCAUGGAGGGUUUAAAACAGCUCAAGAAGGAUCUGGUCGGGCCAUCAGAUAUUGGCCAAGUCUCGUUUCAAUUGUUUCACCCCUCUAAGCCAAAAAAUGAACAAUGGGAAAUAAUUGGAACCGGAAAUUCUACAAAAAUUAAAACCACUGGAUUAAAAUCAGGAAAAUCUAUCAAAAUAGCAAUUCAUGGGUUCUUACAAACUUGCAACAUUUCAGAUUCAAAUUUUCCAGAAGUGGUUUUUCGGGCGUAUGAGAGUAGAAAGAAAGGUGAAUAUAAUUUUAUCUGCGUGGAUUGGGGCCCUUUGGCGAAUCCUGGAAAGAUAUCCCAAAUCAUGUCCAUAUUCCACUACCCAAAAGCUGUAAACAACACGUUAAUCGUGGGCGAUGCAACAAACAAACUCAUAGAAGCUCUCAUAUCAGCCAAGGUUUUGAAGGACAAAGAGACGAUCGACGUUCACCUAAUUGGGCACAGUUUGGGCAGCCAUAUUGCAGGAGUUGCAGGACACGAGUAUUACUUUUUACACAAAAAGAAGAAAAGACUUGCAAGAAUUUCAGGACUCGACCCUGCUGGGCCUGCAUUUUAUGAAAAAGGGAAGAGUGACAAGUGCAAAUUAGGAGCAAAUGAUGCAGUCUUUGUCGACACAAUUUGUACAAAUAUGGGUCAACUAGGGACAAAGGAGAUGUUGGGACAUGCCAAUUUUAUAUUAAAUGGCGGAAUCGCCCAACCUUUCUGCAAGAAGGAUGACAUCAUUGAAGACAUUGCGGAAAAAGUUUCUGGAAUAUGCAGUCAUGCUUCGUCCGUCCAAAUUUUUGCCAAAUCGAUAAAGGAAAAUAUCAAAUCUUGCAAAUGUCUAAAUUGGAAUGCUUUCCAAAAGUCAAAUGGGUCAUGCAAAACAGACCAAACAAUUCUUCUGGGAGACAAAGUUGCCCUCAAAUCUCGAGGAAAUUUUUGCUUAAAUUUAACUUCAUUGUAAUUGGAGUUUCAUGUGUUUGUACGGAUGUGAAAUUAAAUAAAGUUAUCAAUGCCCUAAUA